UUCAGAGAGACGAAAGAAGCUGCUGCGUACAGAAAAUGGCUGACAGAUUUUCUAGGUUCAACGAAGAACGUGAUUUCCAGGGGGGAAAUCACUUUGACCAGUAUGAAGAGGGCCAGUUGGAGCUGGAGCAGGCAUCCCUGGACAAGCCCAUAGAAUCGGAUAACAUUGGGCACCGGCUGCUUCAGAAACAUGGCUGGAAGCUGGGGCAAGGACUGGGCAAAACCAUGCAGGGACGCACCGACCCUGUGCCCAUCAUCCUCAAAUAUGAUGUCAUGGGGAUGGGACGCAUGGAGAUGGAGUUGGACGUUGCCGAAGAUGCUACAGAGAAGAGGAAAGUGCUGGAGGUGGAGAAGGAGGUCACAGAGGAAUUACAGCAGAAAUACAAGGACCAGGUGGAAAAGGAGAAGGCCAUCGCCAAAGCCCUGGAAGACCUGCGGGCCAACUUUUACUGUGAGCUGUGUGAGAAGCAGUACCAGAAGCACCAAGAGUUUGACAACCACAUCAACUCGUACGACCACGCUCAUAAGCAGAGGCUUAAGGAGCUGAAGCAGAGGGAGUUUGCGAGAAACGUGUCAUCACGCUCCCGGAAGGGUGGGAAGAAGCAGGAGAAGCUGCUACGCAGGCUGCAUGUGCUGGCUGAGCAGAGGAAACAGCAGAACCGUACCCCGGGAAGUGGUCCCAUGUUCAAACCCACCACCGUGGCAGUAGAUGGGGAGAAGGGUGAAGAGGGGAGUGCUGUAACCCCCGAGUAUGUUCCCCCUACAGACACUCCCAUGGAGGGCUUGUCAGGGGAGGAGAAGAGCAGUGGGGGUCAGGCCUCCCCCAAACCAGCCUCCACCGUCAGCUUCUCCCUGGGGAAGAGCAGCUCAUCCCCGGCCGGGGCCUCCAAGGUCAGCGUGUCCUUCUCCUUUGCCAAGAAACCCCCAGUGAAGCUGGAGACGGUCGCAGCAGUGUUCGCUAAACUCCAUCAGGAUGACGAGGAGGAGGGGGGACAGGAGGAGGGAGGGGAGAAGGCCGCGGGACAGGAGGAGACCUCCGGCUGCAGCACCGAGAGCCCCAAGGGAGGAGGAGGAGGGAAUGGAACAGCAGGGCCGGAGGAAGAGGAGGAGGAGGAGCAGCAGGAGGAGCAACUAUAUCAAGAACAACCAGAGCAGGGGGAAGAAGAUGAUGGCACCUCCCUAGCCUCCACUCUCAACAAGCUGAAGAUGAUGAUGAAGAAGGAGGAAGGCUGGGCCGGCCAGGAGCCUGAGUACUACCACUACAUCCCACCAACCCACUGCAGAGUCAAACCCCGCUUCCAGUUCCUGGUGUUCAUGAAGGCCACAGACCAGUGUGAGAUUAGGGAGCAAGAAGAAGAUGAAGAGGUGGAAGAGAAGGAAGUGAAGAAGACCGAGAAGGUGGUAGCAGAGGUUUCUGAGCAGACACAGCCAAAAGCUACUGAGUGCAAAUCGGAGGAGCCAGAGAAGACUCCUGCAGCUCCAGUCACAGAGCCCACUCCCACAUCACCUAAACUGAAGACUGAAGAGGCCUCUGCCAGCUUAACAGACCCCCCUCCCACAACAGCCCCUACCCCAGUACCAGGCAACAAGCAGGAGACCCCAGUCCCAGAGCCCAACUCGGGCCCCAAAAUUCCCACCGGCCCCUUCUUCCUGGUCCUGAGCAAAGACGAGAGCACCACUCUGCAGUGGCCCUCAGAGCUGCUGGAUUUUACCAAGGCUCAGCCCGCCCUCUCUUACAGCUGCAACCCCCUGUACUUCGACUUCAAACUGUCCCGCAACAAAGGGGGCCGUGCUGGACGAGCAGCAAAGUCCUCCAAGCCUCCUGGUGAAGGAGCUGAGAAAAAAAACAAUCCUGAGGCAGCUGCUGCAGUCAAUGAGGGGAAUGCUGCUGCUGCCACCACCACCCCUGGGCCCAGCACUGACAACACUGAUAAGGAGCAGCCCUCCUUAAAAAUAGAGGGUUCCCAAGGUGAAACUGAGGAGCAAAAGCUACAGAGUAGCACAAGCGGAGCCAAGAAGAAGAAAAAGAAGAAGAAGCAUAAGAAAUCUGGGAAAGGCUCCAAGCGCAAAGAAAAAGAGAAGGGAGCCAUAGUGGACGGGGACGCGGAAACUGAGAUCCAAGGAGAGAAAACCAAAAAGAAGAAAAAACACAAACGAAAGAAGAGCAAAAACAAAGGUGAGGAGGGGGAAGAAGGAGGUGGUGGUGAUAAGGAAAAGCCUAAAGAGGAUAAAGCAGUAGCCGCAACGGUUUCUAGUGCUCCCCCAGCACCAGCAGGAACAGGAUCUGCUACAGGAGCGGAACCUGGGAAGAGGAAACGACCAGCCAAAGAAGCACCUCAGAAGUCCGGGGCAGAGGAAGGUGGGGCAGGGAAAGGCUCUGAUGAGGCCAAGCCCUCUGAGGAGCACAACGGCACCAAGCGUCUGAAGACAGAUCCCAGCGCCCCACCCAGCGCUUCCUGCUCCUCCUCGGCCCAGAAGAGCCCCGGGCCAGGCAGACCACCCAGCAGUGAGAGUGAGGAGGAAGGAGGUGGAGGCUCAGCUUCCCGAUCCAGCCGCCGCAGGUCCACGCCCCGGGAGGGGCGCCGGCACCAGAGCGAGGACUCCGGCCGCUCCCGAAGCCGCUCGUCGCGUCGGGGAGACGGGCGAGGGAGCAGCCGGCGGCGGCACCGCGGCCAGGCCUCCCGUAGCCAGUCAGACUCCAGCAGCUCGGAGCGCUCCUCGAGCGCCUACAGCCGGCGCAGCCGCAGCUACUCAGACAGUUAUAGUGAAGACAGUGACGGAGGCCGCCACCGGAGACACUCUAAACGCUCCUCUGACUCAGAGUACGAUCGACGGGGAAGCGGCGGGCGGCGGCGCUCCAGAAGACGUCACUAUUCUUCCUCGUCCUCGGAGGACUCUCGCUCCCGCUCACGCAGCCACAGCCGCAGGAAGAGGCACCAGCGGCGGCACCGGAGCAGCUCUCGGAGCUCUAGCAGCAGGAGCCGCAGCAGCAGCGCCAGGUCGUGGAGACGCAGCUACAGCCGCAGCCACAGCUCAGCGAGCCGCUCCUCCAGCUCUACUAAGGGCUCCCCUCACCGGGGUCGGGGAAGCCAGGGGGGCCACAGGGGCCGAGCAGACAGCGCUACACGGCGCCGAGACUUCAACCGCUCCUGCAUCUACCGUUCCCAGUCCCCCCGCUCUGCCUCGUCACGAGCCCCAAACCGCAACAGCAGCUCCCAGAGCCAGAGGGCAGGGGGGUCCCGGGGAGAAGGAGGAGGAGACCAGAGGAACUCUUCCUCACACUUCACCGCCCGUCAGCUUUUGGAUAAGAUCCAGUCCAGGAAGGGAUCUGAUGUCCCAACCACAGGGACCAAGUCUGGCGCCAAGAUCAAGGACCCACCAUCGGGCUACUUUGGGCCCAAACUGCCUCCAGCUCUGGGCAAUAAGUCCAUGCUGCCCCUGUUCGGUAAGCUGCAGGCAGGGAAGAAAUUCCCUGCGAUCCCCCUGACCCGGGCCGAUGGUGGAGAGAAGUCAUCAGCAGGGAAAGGUUCAGAUGCUGUGGCAGAGGUCAUCCUGAUGGAGCCCAUCCGGGAGUUCCCCCCACCGCCUCCCCCUCCACCAGCUCAUAAGAAGGUGGAGGAGACGGUAGUGGUAGUUCAGGAAGCCCGCCACCUCACCCUGGACGCACGGGUUCUUCAUGAGCCCCGGCCACUGUUCCAUCAGGAGCCCUCCAUGCUGAUGCCCCCAUACCAGGGCGACCCGGGACAGGACCCCUCCCAGAACCCCAUGAUGGAGUCCCUCAUCCCCGACAUGCAUCAGCAGCCACCCCCCAUGCACGCCUACCCCAACUACCCCCCGCCCAGCCUGGAGGAGGAGGACAUGGGCGUGGAGGCAGAGGAGGACGAUCUGGCCCCGCUGGAGAGCCAGCCCAUCACCUUCACCCCAGAGGAGAUGGAGAAGUACGGCAAGCUGCAGCAGGCCGCCCAGCAGCACAUCCAGCAGCAGCUCCUGGCCAAGCACAUCAAGACCUUCCCCUCAGCCGCAGCAGCACAGGCUGCAGCGAACAUGGCUGCAGCAGCGAACCAUAUGCAGCCGGCACCCCCUCCCCCCCCCAAGCAGAUGAUCCAGAUCCACCAGCCUGCUGUGUCUGCAGCCUCGGCUACCUCCCUCACCACAGUACAACACCUCAUCCAGCAGCACCAUGCUGCUCAGGCUGCAGCCAUGGGCAUCCACCCACACGGACCCCACCCGCACCCCCAGUUAGCCCAGGUCCACCACAUCCCCCAGCACCACCUCACCCCCAUUUCCCUGUCUCACCUGGGACACUCUCUAGGCCACACUCUGGGCCACCAGUUGGGAGUGGGACACGCUGGACUGAUCCCUGCCCACCACACAGCCUUCCUCUCUGGCCAGCCCAUACACAUUAUCCCAGCCUCAGCACUUCAUCACCACAGCCCCUUAGCCCUCCACCACAUACCACACUCAUCCCUCUACCCAACGCUGUUCGCCCCCCGGCACUCUAACGCAGCUGCGGCAGCCGCACUACAGCUCCACCCCUUCCUGCACCCCAUCUUCUCAGGGCAGGACCUCCAGCACCCCCCUAACCACGGCUCCUGAGAAAGACCUUCACUAGAGCCAUGUGUCCACAUCAGAGGAGGGUGUUAUGGCCAGAGCAGGCCUGGUUAAACAUCUGAGUAAACAUGGAGAGAGGGAGAUGUAGUGGCACCAUUGUGCAGCAGAUGAUGAUGAGAAUAUCAUCAGACUGGCCACCAUUAGACCACUGGCCAGACAGAGGUGCUGUGAUAUGCUGCCUGUGCAGAGGUAAACAACAGACAUUUACUGUGGGCACUUUGAUGGACCCCUCCUAACAGUUGACUGAGAUUCACCCUGAGGUUUCUGGACAGGGUGGAGGAGGGUUUGAGGCAACCUCAAAUCUAAGAUGUUUUGAAUGGGAACCCAGUUUAAAUUAUUAUUAUUUUUAAAGCAGAAACCUCUGGAGUAUUUUAUUUUUUUGUCCCACAUUUUAUAACUGAUUGUCACUGUCAAUGUUCCUCUUUGUUUUUACAGCCAAAGAGAGACGCAGUGGCUGAAGCCAUAAGCAGGAUGGUGUUGUGGGAAAGGAAAGGGGAGAUGAGAUGGGGACAAGAGGGGGUUUAGGGUGACAUCCAUGACUGGAAACAGCCUUGACUUUGUAAUGUAAUCUGGUGGCUCUAGUCUUCUGCCUGAAUUCUGUUGUCAUUAAUAUCUAAUUUUCUCACAUGACUACUUGCUCUCUUCAUGACCCGUAAUAUUCACCAACAAUUUGUAAUACAGUAUAGUGUACAUAGAUCACUGAGCAAUGUGAAGUAUCCCUCUAAUAUGAUGGGCAUUUAAGGGAUGUUCUUUAUGACUGACUAAUGAAAUUUAAAUGGUCACUGGUGGGGGAACACUGAUAAGAGGUUGGGUGAAGCUCAAGUUUUAUUGGAGGUACUGUGGGGGGGGGGGGGUCACAGCCUCUUAGUGCUGUAGGGUUAAAGGUCAUGUUGUUCCAAGUGGUAGUGGUUGUAUAUUGAAAUUACUUGCACUGAAAUCUGUACAUCAAGAUGCUGCUUUCGCAUCAUGUAACAAAUGUAUGAUUGUAGUAUACUGCAAUAAUUGUAUUUUUUUUGUUUUAUUUCUAAAUUAUUUUCCAAAAUGCUCCUCAAAAGGAGAUGUUUUUCCUCUUGUGUAAUUUUUGCUCAAUGUAAAUAAAAUUGUUGUAGUUAACCCCAAUAACAUUCUAGGGGUUUGUUGCUACUGUAAAAAAUAAAAGAACUGAAGGAAUGAAGAUGGACAAGAAUACUUUAGAGGCAUUUUCUGAACUAUUAUCCUGUAUGGGGAGGAUUGGGUGAUGGCACUGCCUUGUAGUGGCAGCAAUGGUAUGUCUUUUUUAAAUAUAAUGCGUCAGCAAAUAAAGAGUUUUGAGUUGCUACA